AUGAAUGAGACAUUAGAAGAAGUUCGCGAAAAAUGUGCACUUCAAUUAGAAAUGUACCAAAAAUGCGUUGAAAAUUAUCCUCACAGUUGGGAUAAAAGUUGUAAGCAGCAAAAAAAUGCUUUAAAUAAAUGCUCUGAAGAAAAUGUUGGUAUCAUAAAGUUUGUAAAGACACAAUGUACACCACAGAUCAAUGCCUAUGAUAAAUGCUUACAAGAGAAUACCGAAGAUCCACGCAACUGUAUUCCAGUAUUUAAAGAUUUGUAUCUUUGUACCGAAGCUGCUUCAGUAACUUUUAAAGAACAACAAAAAGAAAAGACAACAUCAAAUUAG